CGUCAGUCAUCCUCCCAGGUAACUCUGGUCCAGACAAUGCGCGGCUGGCAACUGCUGCUGUCCGUGUAGUUGGCUCUCUACAGGGCCUUCUCCCACACAGUAUACCUCACCCUCCGACUGCUAGAGACAAUCCGCAUGCGGAGUGGUCAUCGCGCGCACCGUGGCGAAUUUUCACUUGAUUUUCUGUCGCAGAAAAGAGUGGUCCCUAUACGCUUGCCAGUAUUUCGGAAUAUGGUGGUCCUUGUUAAAUAUGAAUGAGUUCUCCUUUUUUACGUCUUAAAUGUCAGUGAUGGAUACAGUAUUAGAAUCCGCAUGAAAAUUGAAGUUUUGCGUUUCGUUUUAUUCAUUAAAGCUUGCAAAAUGCGUCGUGUCUGAGGCAGAAUCUACGGUCCGGACCAAAUCAGCCCAGGACCUGCGUCUGAGAAAAGCAAACCCGUGCUUCCCUAAUAUUUAGCAAACAUUGCAUUUGGCUUGCAUUCAUCCCCAGUUUUGGAUUGAUCGGAUGCGUCAGCGUUGGAAGCGGCUGUGGAGAACCCCAUAGCUUUCAGCAUGAUUUGAUGUAACUGGAUUUUUUAACAGGGUAACUGGUUAUCUCUUACCUUUUAACUGAGAACAGCUACAUUCAAGUCAAGAAGCAAACUCCAUCAAGAGAUAGAUCCAUCCCUAUAUGGACUAAAUCUUGGUUCUUCGGGAUUUAAAACUAGCAAAUCACACGCAUCUUGUUCGGCGCUUCUUGGGAAAAUAGCCUUAAACUGUGGGAGACAUGAAAGUUGUUUCAGCAGUGUUGUUCCUUGGCAUAUUUUGGAGUCAGGAGUGGGAGCCCGUGCUUUCUGAUUCAAUCAUACACAUCGGGGCCAUCUUUGAUGAGUCUGCCAGGAAGGAUGACGAGGUGUUCCGCAUGGCCGUGGCGGACCUCAACCUCAACAACGAGAUCCUGGAGACUGAGAAGAUCACCAUCUCUGUGGAGUUUGUGGAUGGGAACAACCCUUUCCAGGCAGUCCAGGAAGCCUGUGAGUUGAUGAACAGGGGGAUCCUGGCUCUUAUUAGCUCAGUUGGCUGUAUGUCGGCGGGCUCCCUGCAGUCGCUGGCGGACGCCAUGCACAUCCCGCACCUGUUCAUCCAGCGUGCCCCCGCCGGCACCCCUCGCUCCAGCUGUCCCCUCGUCAGCCGCGGCCGCCAGGAUGACUACACCCUCUUCGUUCGCCCGCCUGUCUACCUCAACGACGUCAUCCUCCAAGUGGUCAGCGAGUACAGCUGGCAGAAGUUUAUCAUCUUCUACGACCAGGAAUACGAUAUCCGUGGGAUCCAGGACUUCCUGGACAAGACGUCUCAGCAGGGCAUGGACGUGUCGCUGCAGAAGGUGGAGUCCAACAUCAACAUGAUGAUCACCAGCAUGUUCAGAACCAUGAGGGUGGAGGAGCUCCACCGCUACCGGGACACACUGCGCCGGGCCGUGCUCUUCAUGAGUCCCGUCACCGCCAAGGCCUUUAUCACUGAGGUUGUGGAGACGAAUCUCAUGGCGUUCGACUGUCACUGGAUCAUCAUCAAUGAGGAAAUCUCAGACCAGGACGUCCAAGAACUGGUGAUGAAGUCGAUUGGGCGUCUGACCCUGAUCAGACAGACCUUCCCCCUGCCCCAGAACACCAGCCAGCGCUGUGUCAAGCACAACCACCGCAUCAACACCUCCCUCUGCGACCCCAAGGACCCCAAGGCUCAGACACUGGAGAUCACCAACCGCUACAUCUACGACACAGUGCUGCUAUUGGCCAACACUUUCCACAGGAAGCUGGAGGACAGGAAGUGGCACAGCAUGGCCAGCCUCACCUGUAUCCGCAAGAACUCCAAGCCCUGGCAAGGAGGACGGCCUAUGCUGGACAACGUCAAAAAGUCUGGAGUGAGUGGUCUGACUGGCUUCCUGGAGUUUACAGACAACGGAACCAACCCCAACAUCUACUUUGAGAUUCUGGGGACCAACUAUGGCGAGGACAGGGGCAGGGGUGUCAGUAAGCUGGCCACCUGGGACCCAGUGCACGGCCUCAACGGAACGCUAACUGACAGGAAGCUGGAGAACAACAUGAGGGGCGUGGUUCUGCGAGUGGUCACUGUCCUGGAGGAGCCCUUUGUGAUGGUGUCAGAGAAUGUCCUUGGGAAGCCUAAGAAGUACCAAGGUUACUCCAUCGACGUACUGGAUUCUCUCUCUAACUACCUGGGCUUCAAGUACGAGAUCUAUGUGGCCCCUGACCAUAAGUACGGGAGCCAACAGUCCGACGGGGUCUGGAACGGACUGAUGGGAGAGCUGGUCGCCAAGCGGGCAGACGUGGGUCUCUCGGCUCUCACCAUCACGCCAGAACGGGAGAGUGCGGUGGACUUCACCACACGUUACAUGGACUACUCGGUGGGUGUGCUGCUCAGGAAGGCCGAGCGUACAGUGGACAUGUUCGCCUGCCUAGCGCCCUUUGACCUGUCGUUGUGGGCGUGCAUUGCGGGCACCGUGCUGCUGGUGGGCAUCCUGGUCUACCUACUCAACUGGCUGAACCCGCCGCGCCUGCCCAUGGGUGCUGUCUCCUCCACCACCUUCUACAAUUCCAUGUGGUUCGUCUAUGGAUCCUUCGUCCAGCAGGGUGGUGAGGUUCCGUAUACCACCCUGGCCACGAGGAUGAUGAUGGGGGUAUGGUGGCUCUUUGCUCUAAUCGUCAUCUCCUCCUACACGGCCAACCUGGCUGCCUUCCUCACCAUCACCCGCAUCGAGAACUCUAUCCAGUCUCUCCAAGACCUGUCCAAGCAGACAGAGUUGCCAUAUGGGACGGUGUUGGACUCGGCUGUGUAUGAGCAGGUGCGCAGUAAGGCCAUGAACCCCUUUGAGAGGGACCCCAUGUACUCCCAGAUGUGGCGCAUGAUCAACCGCACCGGAGGGGCCGACAACAACGUGGACGAGUCCAAGGAGGGCAUCCGCAAGGUGAAGUACGGGCGUUUUGCCUUUGUGUGGGAUGCGGCGGUGCUGGAGUAUAUGGCCAUCAACGAUGAGGACUGCUCCUUCUACACUGUGGGGAGCAACGCACCAGAUCGGGGCUACGGCUUCGCCAUGCAGCACGGCAGUCCAUACAGGGACAUCUUCUCCCAGAGGAUCCUGGAGCUGCAGCAGAACGGGGACAUGGACAUCCUGAAACUGAAGUGGUGGCCCCGGGACAGCCCGUGUGACCUGUACUCAACGGUGCACACCAAACACCGCGGCAGUGCCCUGGACAUCCACAGCUUCGCCGGCGUGUUCUGCGUGCUAGCGGCCGGAGUGGUGCUCUCCUGUGUCAUCGCCAUGGUGGAGACCUGGUGGACUAGGAGGAAGGGCUCACGAGUCCCCUCCAAGGAGACACAGGCCGAUGGCACUUCCGCCAGGCAACCUGAACCAUGCCCCCACCAACAUGACACCCCCAACGACAUCCCCCUCACCACUCUCAGGACCGCCCCCUCUACCCAUUACGCCCAGUCACCCGCAUGCUGUGACAUUCCACAUGCCUUGAUCGUCCAACACACGUUCCAACCCAAUAACGACCCCUCCCAACCCCCCCCCAAAAUGACAAUGACCACAUUCACUACCCCUCCUGCCACCUCCAGGUUAUACCCAUGACAGGGCCUUUAAGUACAAGCCCAUACGGAGAGUCUUGUUAGAGAAAUCCCGAAAAAUUCAGUUGUCGAAAACAACUCAGAUUGUCAUAUUUAUUGCUUUAUGAUAACAACAAAACUUUGGCAUUGAUGACAUUUUCUAGUCACGGGCACUGCCUGUCGAUGGAUGAAUUACGCUGCUUUCCUUCACUAGAGGGCUUUUACCAUACUCUUUCUGACCAGGGCAGAAUCUGGCUUAGUGUGCAGUCAUGUAAUGAGCUAUGAUGCCUUCCCUCCACUAGAGGGCGUGUAACAGGUUAACCGGUGUAUGCCAUGCAUGUUUGGCUAAAGACCACGGUAUGGAUCUGUACAGUCCAAUUCAAAUGACUGAAGGUGUAGCCACUCAAACAUGAACGAAUUCUCCCCAAAAUGAGCCCUUCACAUCGGUCUGGUUGAAACAGAGGUUCAUCUCUUAGACUACUUACAUGUAUUAACUCUGUUUCAUAUUUAGCUUUGUGUUGCUACACAGAACCCUCUUCAGUUGAUCCAAAAGCAGUCUGUUUCUCUCGCCGUACAGCAGUUACCCGUAAGGUAACCUGAAUCUCGCAGUCAACAAUGACUGUUCUCUCUCACCAUCCCCUCCCUUGUUCCUAUACGUUCAAACCCUCCCUCCUUCCUCCAUCCCCCCUCCUCCCGGGUUUGUGGUGUGACUAGGUCCCCACAAACAGCACCUCCUCCUGCCCCCUCCCCCUCUAAGACGAAGAGGGUAACUGUGGUCCCUUCUGCCCCCUGAAUUGCAGCCGGGGCAAGACCCCCCUCCACGCCACAUGGUCAGUAGCUGUCCUUGACUCUGUCUGUACCCCUCACCAGGGAUACCCUCUCUCAGAAUAGAGGAAGGGUGUGUGUUCCCCACCUCCACCUCACAGUACCCCAAUCCCUGUACCCCCACAAUGGACACAAUCAUCUCACAAGCUGAGCCACAUUCCUCUCAGCACAAGUUGAGCCACAUUCCUCUCAGCACAAGUUGAGCCACAUUCCUCUCAGCACAAGCUGAGCCACAUUCCUCUCAGCACAAGUUGAGCCACAUUCCUCUCAGCACAAGUUGAGCCACAUUCCUCUCAGCACAAGCUGAGCCACAUUCCUCUCAGCACAAGUUGAGCCACAUUCCUCUCAGCACAAGUUGAGCCACAUUCCUCUCAGCACAAGUUGAGCCACCCAUCCCAAAGAUGUUUCCCAGUAGUGCUAUUUACAUGUAGUAGUGCUAUUUACAUGUAGUAGUGCUAUUUACAUGUAGUAGUGCUAUUUACAUGUCUGUAUCAACAAUCUUUUGACAAAUACAUUUUUUGUUCAAUAUAAAUAUCUGGGGAAAAUGGGUAAACCCCUUUCCCCUCUAAAAGAAAAUCACUUGAUUCACAAAACAGAUCAUUGAAUAAAUGUAGCUACCUUGCACUUGAACUAUUAAUCAGAUACAACCAUACCCUCCUCAUUAUAAAACCAUACCCUCCUGAUUAUACAACCAUACCCUCCUGAUUAUACAACCAUACCCUCCUCAUUAUAAAACCAUACCCUCCUGAUUAUACAACCAUACCCUCCUCAUUAUAAAACCAUACCAUCCUGAUUAUACAACCAUACCCUCCUGAUUAUACAACCAUACCCUCCUGAUUAUACAACCAUACCCUCCUCAUUAUACAACCAUACCCUCCUGAUUAUACAACCAUACCCUCCUCAUUAUAAAACCAUACCAUCCUGAUUAUACAACCAUACCAUCCUGAUUAUAAAACCAUACCCUCCUCAUUAUAAAACCAUACAAUCCUGAUUAUACAACCAUACCCUCCUGAUUAUACAACCAUACCCUCCUGAUUAUACAACCAUACCCUCCUGAUUAUACAACCAUACCAUCCUGAUUAUAAAACCAUACCCUCCUCAUUAUACAACCAUACCCUCCUGAUUAUAAAACCAUACCCUCCUGAUUAUACAACCAUACCCUCCUGAUUAUACAACCAUACCCUCCUGAUUAUAAAACCAUACCCUCCUCAUUAUAAAACCAUACCAUCCUGAUUAUACAACCAUACCCUCCUCAUUAUACAACCAUACCCUCCUCAUUAUACAACUAUACCCUCCUCAUUAUACAACUAUACCCUCCUCAUUAUACAACUAUACCCUCCUGAUUAUACAACUAUACCCUCCUCAUUAUACAACUAUACCCUCCUCAUUAUACAACUAUACCCUCCUCAUUAUACAACUAUACCCUCCUCAUUAUACAACUAUACCCUCCUCAUUAUACAACCACACCCUCCUGAUUAUUCAACCAUACCAUCCUGAUUAUUCAACCAUACCAUCCUGAUUAUUCAACCAUACCAUCCUGAUUAUUCAACUAUACCAUCCUGAUUAUUCAACCAUACCAUCCUGAUUAUUCAACCAUACCAUCCUGAUUAUUCAACUAUACCAUCCUGAUUAUUCAACCAUACCAUCCUCCUUGACACUCCUUCUUUCUUUGGCCAUGCACUCUCCCCUCUUCUCUCACCUCACUGUUCGGUCACUCCACUGUGUCUUCCCCAUCCUCCUUCUCUUCCUCCUCCUCCACAU